UCUGCUAUGACAGUCGCUUCACGGCGUCCGACGCGGCGAUCCGAUCAGCAGGUCACGCAAUGUCCUCGCUGUACCCGAAACAGUCUCAGCUGGAGGCAACAGCUGUAGAGAAUUUUUGUGAAUAUCUCCGAAUACCAACUGUCCAGCCCAACGUAAAUUACGAUGACUGCGUCGCUUUUCUACAAAAGCAGGCAAAGUCCCUCGACCUGCCACUCAAAGUGUAUCAUGUGCAUCCUGACAAGCCAAUCGUCAUCAUCACCUGGGAGGGACUCAAGCCAUCCUUACCUGCUAUUCUCUUGAACAGCCACAUGGAUGUCGUGCCAGUUUUUGCUGAUCAAUGGACGUAUCCGCCAUUUAGUGCGCACAUGGAUGAGAAAGGAAAUAUAUACGCACGCGGAAGUCAGGAUAUGAAAUGCGUCGGGAUUCAAUAUUUGGAAGCAAUACGACGCCUGAAGUUGAAGGGUCAGUGUUUCAACAGAACGAUUCACUUAUCCUUUGUACCUGACGAAGAAAUCGGGGGAGUACUUGGAAUGAGAGAGUUUGUCCACACAAAAGACUUCCAGGCAUUGAAUUUGGGUUUCGCUCUGGACGAAGGAGUUGCAUCACCGACCAAUGAUUUUUUUCUCUACAAUGGCGAGCGAUCUUUGUGGCAUUUAUGGAUUUAUUGCCCAGGUAAUCCGGGCCACGGAUCGCUAAUGCUGGAUAAUACAGCUGGAGAAAAAAUCAGAAUUGUUAUUGACAAAUUCAUGGACUUUAGAGCGAAAGAAAAAGCCAAGCUCAAGGAUCCAAAAGUCAAGCUGGGAGAUGUGACUUCAGUUAAUCUCACGCAAUUACAAGGAGGUAUACAAACCAACGUAAUUCCAGAUCAAUUGGUAGUUGCAUUUGAUAUUCGUAUUGCUGUUACUGUCGAUGAAAAAAAAUUCGAAGAUAUGGUGAUGGGAUGGUGCAAAGAGGCUGGAGAUGAUGUGCAUGUUAAAUUUGAGCAGAAAAACGAGAAAAUCGAAACCACUAAAGUAGACAGUACAAAUCCAUUCUGGGUGGAAUUCAAAAAAGCCAGUGAUAAACUGGGAGUGAAUCUCGACAUCGGAAUCUUCCCUGGAGCGACUGACAGUCGCUUUGUGCGAUCGGUUGGAAUCCCAGCGAUUGGUUUUUCACCGAUGAACAAUACGCCGAUCCUUCUUCACGAUCACAACGAGUAUCUAAAUAAGGAUGUAUUUUUGCGUGGUAUUGAAAUUUACACGGAAUUGAUACCAGCUGUGGCAAAUGCUUAAAAUUCAUCACAGAUCGUCUGAAUAUGAAUUUUCAUGACCUGAUAUUCCAAGGAAGAUGAAGCAGUACGGAGUGAGAAGUAUGAGGCAUGAAGUGUGGUAAGAAAAUAUGAAAUAUAGUUGGGGUGAAAAGUUUGUUAAAGCUCAGAUAUAUAAUAUUGUAAUUUAAUGAUGACGUUAAACACAGUUUGACUGAAGUGAACUGAGACAAUAAUCAAAAAUAGGUAAUUCCAGUAAUGAAAAAUCGUUUUUUAAAACAUUAUUGAACAGUCAGCACGAGGUACAUCCCAAGUUCUAUGGAUGAUUCAAAUUAUUCUCAAUUAAAUGAAAAUAUAUUCAUGAGUAAUGGUAAACUGAAACUUGAAGAAGAAAAACCUGAUUAAAACAAAGCCCGGUGUAAUUUGAACAAACAUGCAAACAAUGCAAGGUUUGAUUUUUCAUUUUGAUCAUUAUUAUUUUCGUUUUUGAACGAUUUUUCAAGGAUAUAUAAUCAUGUGAAUAUCAUACGUUGAUUGAACGAAAAAAUUAUAAAUGUGUAAUCGAUUAUUAUCUUUUGGAUGGGGUAAAAUGUUGAACAUUAAUUUUGCCAUUGUGCACUAAAAAUGCAGUUAAGAAACAUAAAUUUGCUGAAGUUCUAAUAUGCGGAAACGAAAAAUGUCAACAUGAAAACGAUGAAGUAGAAAAUCAAAAUCAUGGAAAUCAAUGUCUAGAAAGAAAUGAAACAGUGAAA